AUGAUGUUCCUCGUCCUGAUGAUCGGCGCCACCAUGACCGGACUGUGCGUGGCUUCUACUCAGACACCGACGCUUACGUCCUGCUCCACUGCCCAACAGGUUAAGCUGAGCAAUGUUGCCAUCACAAACGCGAGACUGGGACAGACCAUGACUUUAAACUUCACGGUAAACAUCAUGACCACUUUGAACAACAGCCCUCAGCUCAAAGUCACCAUGACCACCAACUACGGACUGCCCAUACCAUGCAUUAAUGAUGUCGGUACAUGCACAUAUGACCUAUGCGGUGGAACGUCCAAUGUCGAACAAGGUCUUGGAUCCCUUUGGAACAACACCUGCCCUAUCACUCCUAACACCUACACUGAAUCCUUGAUGGCUCCACUACCCACAGAUAUCAAAUUUCUUCUUGGGAACGGCAAUGUGAAGAUUAAGCUCAACAUCCUAAAUGGAGGACAAAGUGUGGGAUGCCAACAGUUUACGGUCAUGAUCCAACUAAACUGA